AUGGUCCACCUAGCUAGUGUCUCGGAAGACCCCAACGCAGGCAAACCCUUCGACCAUCCACAACGUCGUUCGUCCAUCGUUCCUGGUCUUGAGCAUAUCUCACUUGAGGCUCCUGGUGAUGAUGAGUUCUCUACCUCGGUUUAUGGCUCUCGCUUCGCCGCACAGGAUCUCCCUUCCAAGGAAAUGCCAGAGAGAGAAAUGCCUAAAGAGAUUGCCUACCGAAUGAUCAAGGAUGAGCUCAGCCUAGACGGAAACCCAAUGCUUAAUCUGGCAAGUUUCGUGACAACUUUCAUGGAGGACGAAGCCGAGCAACUCAUGACGGAUGCAUUCUCCAAGAACUUCAUCGAUUAUGAAGAGUAUCCUCAAUCUGCCGAAAUCCAGAACCGUUGCGUCAACAUGAUUGCCCGCCUUUUCAAUGCUCCGGUCGGGAAAGAUGGGGAGAAUGCCAUGGGAACCUCCACAAUUGGGUCCAGUGAGGCCAUCAUGCUAGCUGUGCUCGCAAUGAAGAAGAGGUGGGCCAAUAAACGCAAAGCUGAAGGCAAAGAUUGUUCCAAUCCCAACAUUGUCAUGAACAGUGCCGUGCAAGUGUGUUGGGAGAAGGCAGCUCGCUACUUCGACGUGGAGGAAAAGUAUGUCUACUGCACAGAGGACCGUUAUGUCAUUGAUCCAGAAGAGGCCGUCAACUUGGUGGACGAGAAUACCAUUGGUAUCUGUACCAUCCUGGGUUUGACCUAUACCGGUGAGUACGAAGAUACGGCCAAGAUCAAUGAGCUUUUGAUCGAGAGGAACAUUGACUGUCCAAUUCACGUCGAUGCUGCGUCCGGUGGCUUCGUUGCUCCAUUUGUCCACCCGAAUCUCAAGUGGGACUUUAAACUCGAAAAGGUCGUCAGCAUCAAUGUUUCUGGCCAUAAAUAUGGGCUGGUCUACCCUGGCGUCGGCUGGGUGGUAUGGCGAUCUCCAGAAUACCUCCCCAAGGAACUCGUUUUCAACAUCAACUAUCUUGGUGCUGAUCAAGCCUCGUUCACCUUGAAUUUCAGCAAGGGUGCCAGUCAUGUUAUUGGCCAAUAUUACCAGAUGAUUCGUCUGGGAAAACGUGGCUAUCGAAGUAUCAUGCUCAAUCUCACCCGCACAUCAGACUACCUCGCAGCACAGCUACGUGCCUUAGGCUUCAUCAUCAUGUCACCAGGAGGUGGCCGUUCCCUACCCGUUGUUGCAUUCAGGCUUGACCCGGAUGAUGGGCACCUCUAUGAUGAAUUUGCUAUUGCCCAUCAACUGCGAGAACGUGGAUGGGUUGUCCCGGCAUACACCAUGGCUCCUCACAGCGAAUAUCUGAAGCUGAUGCGCGUUGUGGUUCGUGAAGACUUCAGCAAACAGAGAUGUGACAGCCUAGUUACAGACAUCAAGAUGGCCUUGCAGACUUUGGGUGAGAUGGAUCGCAAGACGAUGGAGCGAUAUCAAGAGUAA